CAAGAGAGGGCAUUGUCAGGCAACUAAGAUCGUCAACAUUCCCUACAUGGUCAGCACACCUCAAGGUAGAGAGAAGAAUCAAGAUUUCUUGGAACAAGUCUCUUCUCUUCUCAACCCAGCUGAUGAUAUCCUUGUGGGUUGUCAGAGUGGAGCCAGAUCCUUAAAUGCCACAACUGAACUUCUUGCUGCAGGUUACAAGAAAGUGAGAAACGUGGGAGGUGGCUACUUGGCUUGGGUAAACCAUAGCUUUCCGAUCAACAAGGAAGAGCCAUCUGCAAACUAAGAUUCUUUAUCAAAUAAUGACAGAGUGUGUGUGUGUUUGUGUGAAGUGUGUUGUAAUCAAUAAAUUUCUACUUUAGAAUUUCCCAGUUUCUUGUUUGUUGUUAUCAAAACUACUUUGUGCCAAAAUCAAUAAAAGAAAAGCUGUUGUGUCAGAAAAAAAGGUUUGGGCUUUUUGAGUAGAGAUUAGAUAUAUAAAAAGGCUUGGGCUUCUCUGUCUUAAGCCCUUGCCUUCUCCGACUAAUUUUCGAGCCCGACCGAACAUUGUUCCCUCUCUCUCUCUCUCUCUCUCUUGCUCUCGCUCUCGCUCUCGCCAUGGAAGAAGAAACGUCAAAGCUACAACAGUUUCCAGAGAGUUUCCUUAGCUUUCUAGAGGCUAAUGGCCUUGAUCCUUCAAUCUACACUCACGCAGAUUCAAUUCCACGCUACGUAAGGUUGAAACCAGGGUUCGAGAAUGCUGUCCAAGAGAUUGAAUCCCAAAUUAACUGUAAACUGGACAAGGUGAAGUGGUUACCUGGUUUCUACUCUAUUCCUCCACAUGUUCAUAUAGCCAGAUCCAAGGCGUAUCAGCAAGGCAUGAUGUACGGAAUCGAUGCAGCUUCCGGUGCUGCUGUUUCAGCUCUUGGUAUCUCCCCUGGAGACCAUGUCUUGGAUCUUUGUGCUGCUCCUGGUGCGAAACUAUGUAUGAUGCUUGACCUACUCGGUGACAAGGGCUCUGCGACUGGUGUCGAUGUUGCAAGGCAUCGUCUUGCUGCCUGCAGAACGUUGCUUCAAAAAUACGGGCUUGGUGAAAGGAGCAGACUUUUUCUUGCUGAUGGAACCAGUUUCUCAGUGCCACCCACCGCAAAUCCAACAUGUGAUGAGCCAUGUGUGGACGAUCAUGAAGACACAUUCAAGCAGUGGACUUCCCGUCGACCUUACAAAGAAAGGAAACAAGAAGCUAAGGCGGCCAGGAAGGCUUCUUCUGUUUUGCCGCAGAAUGGACAACCAGAAAUUAUCUUCUACGGGCAGAGUUCUGGAGUAAUCGGACUAAAAAAGAAGCAGCUAUAUAGAUCCCUCGACAAGAAUGAUUAUGCGUAUUGCGGCUAUGACAAGGUUCUUGUGGACGCAGAAUGCACACAUGAUGGUUCAAUCAAGCAUAUCCAGAAAUUUGAGCAAUGGGGUUGGACAACGUUGGAACGCCGUGUACUAGAUGCCGAAAGAACCGAUAUAAGUUUAGCAUCUCUUCAGCUGAAUCUACUGAGAAAUGGAUUCAGACUAUUGAAAGAAGCCGGCACCCUAGUGUACAGCACAUGCAGUUUGACGCAUGCCCAAAACGAAGAUGUGGUAGAUCAGUUCCUUGCUGAAAAUUCCUCUGCAGAACUACAAGAGAUUGAAAUGGCCAAAGAUUGGCCAUGUAGAAGUGGUCGCACGCCUAAAACACUGCGUUUUGAUCCGGCCACCUCAGCAACCAGCGGCCUUUUCGUUGCAAAAAUCAGGAAAUUGGCGGCACCCGAAGAAGCAGAGAAGAAUGUGGUGUGAUGCCUCUGUUAUCGAUUCUACAAUCUCACUCAAAAGGAUGGCUCGACUUUUAGCUUUAUAUGUUUGUUUGAAGAAUAGGUAAGUGUAAUUGCUUGGAGCUAUUGGGUUUUAGGAUUUGCCUAAUCCCAAUCCAAAUUCAUGUUUUGCAAAGCUGAUUUUUUUGUCCAUAGAACUUGGUUUCUGUAGUCCCACCACUUCUCUACUGUUCCAUUUUUUCUAUAUACCUAUCUAAUUGUGAGGGCGAUUUUGGCAGAGUCACUUUUACGUUUUGGUUA